AUGGCGACGACUCUGCAUCUAAUUAUGCUGGCUCUAGUGGGAGGAACCCUUGGUCAAGGCAAUAACUCGGACUACAAACAACUUCUGGCCUGCAUACUAGGCCAACUUGAGGGCGGUGUAGAACUUCAUCUAAGGGAUUCUGGCAAUGAGGGCAACAGUCUCGUACAUUUUUUGAUGGUGCAAGGAAACAACUCUCUAAAAAUAACUCUUAAUCAAGAUGAAGAACCACAGAAUACGGAUAUAGUACAACACCAUUUGUACAUGUUUGAAAACAUAAGGCAAAUGCAAGAAAUCCUAAAAAGCUUAGUUAACACUGAUGGAUUUUAUGUAUUAGUUCUGGAGAAUCCUACAGCUACCGAUGAUAUAAUUUUAUUGGACUUUAUGGCCAACGUUUGGCUUGAACAUAAGCACAGUCGGAUUUAUUACGUCCAGUUGGGGAUAAAUCGUAUUAUUCUAUAUAAUCCCUUCCAGCAGCGUUUCGUAAUAGUCAAAGAUCCGAAAACGUAUGGUGAAAUUUACAAGAACAUGGAAGGUUAUCCCUUAAGGAUAUACAUAUUUGAUUCGGUUUAUUCAAGUGUGGUGGGCGAUUUCGACAACAAUAAGGUACUGAGUGUAAAUGGAGCGGAUGCCAAAUUGGCCAGCACCGUAGCCAGGAAAUUAAACUUUACUGCCGAAUAUUUGUGGCCGGAUGAUGAGUAUUUCGGAGGUCGCCUGGCUGAUGGAUCGUAUAGCGGCGGCGUAGGUCGCGCCCACCGUGGCGAAGUAGAUAUAAUCUUUGCGGGAUUCUUCAUCAAGGACUACCUCACCACAAACAUCCAAUUUAGUUCAGCCGUCUACAUGGACGAACUCUGCCUAUACGUGAAAAAGGCUCAAAAGAUUCCGCAGUCCAUUUUGCCUCUUUUCGCUGUUCAUACGGACGUGUGGAUGUGCUUCUUACUGGUGGGCAUCCUAGGAACCAUUGUAUGGCUUCUUCUUAGAGCUCUCAAUUUGAUUUUACUCAUAGAAAGCAUACCGGAUGGUUCAAGAGCUGCAAACAUUAGUUAUUUCGGAGCAGCUCGUCGGAUUUUUAUCGACACCUGGAUCGUUUGGGUUAGGGUAAAUGUGGGACGAUUUCCCCCUUUUCACUCGGAGCGCAUCUUUGUGGCCUCUCUGUGCCUAGUAAGCGUGAUUUUUGGAGCCCUGCUCGAGUCCAGCUUGGCCACAGUUUACAUAAGACCACUUUACUAUCGAGAUGUCAACACAUUGAGAGAAUUGGAUGAAACCGCCCAGCCCAUUUAUAUUAAGCAUCCUGCGUUUAAGGAUGACCUCUUCUAUGGUCACGAUUCUGAGGUCUACCGACGACUGGAUGCCAAGAUGAUGCUGGUGGCCGAAGGCGAGGAGCGACUCAUUGAUAUGGUCUCCAAAAGAGGCGGAUUUGCGGGAGUCACCCGCUCCGCAAGCUUGCAGCUAAAUGACAUUCGAUACGUGAUGACGAAAAAAGUGCACAAGAUACCUGAGUGCCCCAAGAACUAUCACAUCGCGUAUGUACUGCCGCGUCCCUCGCCGUAUUUGGAGCAGCUCAACAGGAUCGUGCUGCGGUUGGUGGCCGCCGGAAUCAUGGAUCUCUGGACAGGCGAGGCCAAAGAGCGCGCCAAGUGGAGUAUCCAGCAGUUUCCCGAGUACUUGGCCCAACUGGAUGUCGGACGGUGGAAAGUUCUUACCAUGUCCGACGUCCAACUAGCUUUCUACGCCCUAACUGGUGGAUGUCUAAUUUCGGGCGUUGCGUGGAUGGCGGAAAUAUUUUUAAAACGCGAGCGGAUAUAUUUUAUGCCAAGAAUUUCAAUUUAA